AUGGCUGCCCCGCACCGCCAGCCGGAGAACGCCAUCGAUGAGUCCGACUUCAUUGAGGACCAUCUGGAGCACCACCAGGACUCGGUCCACCGACGCCUGCGUGCCAACUCCACUAUUAUGCAUUUCCAGAAGAUCCUCGUCGCCAACCGUGGUGAGAUCCCCAUUCGGAUCUUCCGAACAGCCCACGAGCUGUCUCUACAGACGGUCGCGGUCUUCUCGCACGAGGACCGUCUGUCCAUGCACCGUCAGAAGGCCGAUGAGGCUUACAUGAUUGGCCACCGCGGUCAAUAUACGCCCGUGGGUGCCUACCUGGCCGGCGAUGAAAUAAUCAAAAUCGCCCAGGAGCACGGUGUGCACCUGAUCCACCCCGGCUACGGCUUCCUCUCCGAGAACGCCGAAUUCGCCCGUAAGGUCGAAAGGGCGGGGAUUGUUUUCGUCGGCCCCACGGCCGACACCAUCGACGCCCUUGGUGACAAGGUGUCGGCUCGUGCGGCCGCCAUCCGCUGCAAUGUCCCGGUCGUUCCCGGUACGGACGGGCCCGUCGACCAUUACGAGCAGGUCAAGGGCUUCACCGACACCUACGGCUUCCCCAUCAUCAUCAAGGCUGCCUUCGGCGGUGGUGGUCGUGGUAUGCGGGUCGUCCGCGACCAGGCCUCGCUGCGCGAUGCCUUCGAGCGUGCUACCUCGGAGGCUCGCACCGCCUUCGGUAACGGAACCAUCUUCGUCGAGCGCUUCCUGGACAAGCCCAAACACAUUGAGGUGCAGCUGCUGGGUGACAAUCAGGGCAACGUCGUGCACCUGUUCGAGCGUGACUGCUCCGUACAGCGUCGUCACCAGAAGGUCGUGGAGAUCGCUCCGGCCAAGGAUCUGCCUGUCGACGUGCGCGACAAGAUUCUUGCCGAUGCCGUCAAGCUGGCCAAGUCCGUCCGCUACCGCAACGCCGGUACGGCCGAGUUCCUGGUCGACCAGCAGAACCGCUACUACUUCAUUGAGAUCAACCCGCGUAUCCAGGUCGAGCACACCAUCACCGAGGAAAUCACCGGCAUUGAUGUCGUCGCCGCUCAGAUCCAGAUUGCCGCCGGUGCCACGCUCGAGCAGCUGGGUCUCACCCAGGACCGCAUCUCUACCCGCGGUUUCGCUAUUCAGUGCCGUAUCACCACCGAGGACCCGUCCAAGGGCUUCUCUCCGGACACCGGUAAGAUUGAGGUCUACCGGUCCGCUGGUGGAAAUGGUGUUCGUCUGGACGGUGGUAACGGUUUCGCCGGUGCCAUCAUCACGCCGCACUACGACUCCAUGCUGGUCAAGUGCACGUGCCGUGGCUCCACCUACGAGAUCAGUCGCCGCAAGAUGCUGCGUGCCCUCGUUGAGUUCCGUAUCCGCGGUGUCAAGACCAACAUUCCCUUCCUGGCUUCGCUGCUGAGCCACCCGACCUUCAUCGAUGGUACCUGUUGGACCACUUUCAUUGAUGACACCCCCGAGCUGUUCGCCCUGGUCGGCAGUCAGAACCGUGCCCAGAAGCUGCUGGCUUACCUGGGUGAUGUCGCUGUCAAUGGCAGCAGCAUCAAGGGUCAGAUUGGUGAGCCCAAGUUCAAGGGCGAGAUCAUCAAGCCCCGGUUGGUGGAUGCUGCGGGCAAACCUAUUGAUGUCUCCAAGCCUUGCUCCCAGGGAUGGAAGCAGAUCCUCGACAGCGAAGGCCCGGCUGCCUUCGCUCGCGCUGUGCGCGGCAACAAGGGCUGCUUGAUCAUGGACACCACCUGGCGUGAUGCCCACCAGUCGCUGCUCGCCACACGUGUGCGAACUAUCGACAUGCUCAACAUUGCCCAAGAGACCAGCCACGCCUUCUCCAACGCCUACAGUCUGGAGUGCUGGGGUGGUGCUACCUUCGAUGUGGCCAUGCGCUUCCUCUACGAGGACCCCUGGGACCGUCUGCGCAAGCUGCGCAAGGCUGUUCCCAACAUCCCCUUCCAGAUGCUGCUGCGUGGUGCCAACGGCGUGGCCUACUCUUCCCUCCCCGACAACGCCAUCUACCACUUCUGUAAGCAGGCCAAGAAGUACGGCGUGGACAUCUUCCGUGUCUUCGAUGCGCUCAACGAUGUGGACCAGCUCGAGGUCGGCAUCAAGGCCGUGCAGCAGGCCGGCGGUGUGGUCGAGGCCACCAUCUGCUACAGUGGUGACAUGAUGAACCCGAACAAGAAGUACAACCUAGAGUACUACCUGGCUCUGGCCGACAAGAUCGUCCAGCUGGGCACCCACGUCCUUGGAAUCAAGGACAUGGCUGGUGUGCUCAAGCCCCAGGCUGCUCGUCUGUUGAUCGGUGCCAUCCGUGAGCGCUACCCCGACCUCCCCAUCCACGUCCACACCCACGACUCCGCCGGAACGGGUGUGGCCUCGAUGAUUGCCUGCGCGCAGGCCGGUGCCGACGCCGUCGAUGCCGCCACCGACAGUCUGUCUGGCAUGACCUCGCAGCCCAGCAUCGGUGCCAUCCUGGCCUCACUCCACGGCACUGAGCAGGACCCCAAGCUGGAUCUCGCGCAGGUGCGCGCCAUUGACACCUACUGGGCCCAGCUCCGUCUGCUGUACUCUCCCUUCGAGGCCGGUCUGACCGGUCCCGACCCGGAGGUCUACGAGCACGAGAUUCCCGGAGGCCAGCUGACCAACCUUAUCUUCCAGGCCAGCCAGCUGGGUCUGGGCCAGCAGUGGGCCGAAACCAAGAAGGCCUACGAGUCGGCCAAUGACCUGCUGGGUGACAUCGUCAAGGUCACGCCGACGUCCAAGGUCGUCGGUGACCUGGCCCAGUUCAUGGUCUCGAACAAACUGUCGGCCGAGGAUGUGGUGGCCCGCGCCGCCGAGCUGGACUUCCCGGGCUCGGUCCUUGAGUUCCUCGAGGGUCUGAUGGGCCAGCCGUUCGGUGGAUUCCCCGAGCCGCUGCGGUCCAACGCGCUGCGCAACCGCCGCAAGCUGGAGAAGCGCCCCGGCCUGUACCUGGAGCCGCUGGACCUUGCACAGAUCAAGAACAACAUCCGCGAGAAGUUCGGCUCCGCCACCGAGUGCGACGUGGCCAGCUAUGCCAUGUACCCCAAGGUGUUCGAGGACUACCGCAAGUUCGUGCAGAAGUUCGGUGACCUGUCUGUGCUGCCGACGCGCUACUUCCUGGCCCGUCCCGAGAUCGGCGAGGAGUUCCACGUCGAGCUCGAGCAGGGUAAGGUCCUGAUCUUGAAGUUGCUGGCCAUUGGACCGCUGUCCGAGCAGACCGGCCAGCGUGAAGUCUUCUACGAGGUCAAUGGUGAAGUGCGCCAAGUUAGUGUCGACGACCAGAACGCUUCCGUCGACAACAUCGCCCGCCCCAAGGCCGAUGCCGCCGACAGCAGCCAGGUCGGCGCACCCAUGAGCGGUGUCGUGGUCGAGAUCCGCGUGCACGACGGCCACGAUGUGAAGAAGGGCGACCCGAUUGCGGUGCUGAGCGCCAUGAAGAUGGAAAUGGUCAUCUCCGCCCCGCACAGCGGCAAGGUCUCGGGUCUGCUGGUCAAGGAGGGCGACUCGGUCGACGGCCAGGACCUGGUCUGUAAGAUCGUCAAGGCGUAG